UGAUGUCAAACAAUCUCUCUCUCUCUUUCCUCUGCAACUAAGCCCAACAUCUCUUCUCACUCCUGUCUCUCUCUUUCUUUCUUUAACCCAACUUUUUUAACACUUUUUUACUCUCUUUUUCUGAUGCACCACCAUCAAAACCUAGGGUUUUUUAUAUCUCUCCCCCACAUUCCCCCUUCAAUACAUUACAAUACAAAUACUGUCCUGUUCACUUUUCUUUCCUGUCUCUUUCACUUUAACCCAUUCUUUCCACACUUACUCUUCAACCUAACUCUUCUACUUGCUUCCUCCUCUUCUACUGUUCCUCUAAUCUUGUAUUUUUUUGCUUAUUUUUUCUGUUUUCCAAGUGUUCGAUCUAGUUCCCCUGAGAGGAGGAGGGCUUCUGGCUUGUGGGUGGUUUUGGAUUCAAGUGGGUUUGUAGAAAGAGAGUCGACAGUGGUGUUGAAAAGGGUAUAAUUGAUUCUCAUUUCUCUGGCUUUUUUGAACCAUUUUUUUUUUUUUUGCUUUAUGGAAACGUACAUGUGAAGCAAAUUAGCGUUGAACGUGACUCAAUUUAUGGGUUCUCAGCUUUGUUUCUAAUCUCUUCUUAUAUUCAUCACAUGGGUUCUCAGUAUCUUCUUCCUUUGGGCUCUUUAUUUGCGAGAAGCCUGUGAAAUCACCGGACAUUUUUGUAAUCUUGGUAGAUCAAGCUAAGUUCAGGGUUUGAUAGUGGCGUCAACUAUGAGAAGAACACGUUUUACGAUUCAUUGUUUGUAGUUUUUUGAUUGUAUUGGUGAUAUGGAGGAUAUAGGGCUAGUGAAGCAAGGUUGGAAGUGGCUGCAAUCUCAGAAAAACGUGUUUUCGCGAGCACGAGUGGGGCUGGGUUGUUUCAGGGAGAAAGUGGGUGUGUUUAUAGAGCGGCAUUGGCCGAUGGUUUGCCGUGGCUUUGCAAAAUUAUGUAUGGUGCUGCUGUUGUUGGUGGUUCAGUGGAGGAAUUGUUUUGUGAGGGGCUUUCAGUCAAUGGUCAAACUGGGUUCUUCUUCCUUGUUGAUUAUAAUGUGGAGCUGCUUUCUUAGUCUGACUUCUAUGUCUUGCUUGCUCUAUGUACUUCUCUGUAUGGGAGCUGCUGGAGCUGCUGUUCAGUACUUGGGUUACACUCCUGGGCUUUUUAUUGUAGGCUUGUUUGGUAUUUUGGUUUUAUGGAUGUAUGCUAACUUUUGGAUAACUGGAACGUUGUUUAUAGUUGGAGGUUAUUUGUUUUCCCUAAAUCAUGCACGGUUCGUGGUCUUAAUGGCAACUAUUUAUGCUCUUUAUUGUGUCAAAGUUCAAGUUGGAUGGUUUGGUGUUUUCCUCGCAAUAAACCUUGCGUUUGUCUCUAAUGAUCUGUUGAAUUAUUUGCUUCAAUUUUGUGAUAAUGUGAGUGAAAACGCACGCUGUGAGGAGCCGAAAGAAUCAGAAACAGUCACAGAAGAUGAGUUCUCUGGAGGAUGUGAAUUCUCUACUCCUACUGAUGAACCUGAAAAAUUGCACUCAUGCAAAUCAUCCAGCAAGUCAACUGCUACUUCAUUUGUAAUUAAUAACCAACAAGAGACUUCUGUUAAAAAGGUUGUGAGAGAAGAAAUAACCUCAGCUGAUGAGAUGAAAAGAAUAUUAAAUUGUAUGGAUCAUUAUGAAGCAUUAGGUUUUCCUCGCCAAAAGAAAAUUGAUGCUACACUCUUGAAAAAGGAAUAUCGGACGAAGGCCAAGCUCGUUCAUCCUGAUAAAAACAUGGGAAGUCCUUUGGCUAGUGAUUCGUUUAAGAAACUCCAAUGUGCUUAUGAGGUGCUUUCCGAUUUGACAAAAAAGAGAGAUUAUGAUGAGCAAUUGAGGAAGGAAGAGCUGAGGACUAAGAGUGUUUGUCAGAAAUCAUAUGGGGCUUCACGGCAGGAUUCUCCAGAUUACUGCUCUGAGGAGUCGAGGCGCAUUCAGUGCACUAAGUGUGGCAAUUCACAUAUAUGGGUCUGCACCAAUAGGAGUAAGGCCAAGGCAAGAUGGUGUCAGGACUGUUGUCAAUAUCAUCAAGCCAAAGAUGGCGAUGGAUGGGUUGAAUACAAAGGUUCAUUGGCCUUUGAUAGGAAACAAAAGGUGGAAAUACCCCGAGCUUUUGUUUGUGCUGAGAGCAAAAUCUUUGAUGUCUCAGAAUGGGCUAUCUGCCAGGGCAUGUCGUGUAGGCCUAACACACAUCGCCCAAGCUUCCAUGUUAACAUGGUUGGUUUGGAGAAGACACAACGAUCCCAUUCAAGCAGAUUCCCUUGGGAUUUGGAUGCUGAGAUGAUGGAUGAGGACGAGGAAGAAUUUGAGCUGUGGCUUCAGCAGGCUCUCGCCUCUGGCCUCUUUUGCGAAACCUCCAAACGCAGAAAGAGCUGGAGUCCAUUCAAGUUGAAUCAGAAAGUGAAGAAGCAAUGGAGAAGAACGUCGACCUAAAUCACUCAAGUGAAGGGUUUUCGAAAGUCUUGUCAUCCUUCACAAAAAGUAAAGAACCGUCUCCUAGUGGAAGAAUCCGGUUUUGACAAAAGAGGGGUUUGAAGGUUGAGAUGAAGAGAAAGCUUGUUUCACCAACCAAAUUUGUUGGAUGAUCCAGGAAAAGACAGAUGAGAAACACAGUAGGGUGGGUUGUUUUAGGGCAUUUUUCAAGUAUAAAGCUCGCAGCCCUGAUUGAACAAAGUUCUAUUGACCUGGAAUGAAUGAAUGCACUUGGGUUGCAAUCUUCAAUCUUUGUACAUAAUUUGUCAAUAAUUUUCUAAUAUGCAUUGGGACACCUUUUUAACUGUUAGGUAAAUAUUACCAUGUAAUUCUAAAUUAUAUCCAUUAUUCUCUUGUUUA